GACGAGUGCCUGGAGGAGGAUGAGGACGAGCUGGAGCCGGGGCUGGAUGAGGCAGAGGCCGAGGUGGAGGGUGGGAGUGGGGUGAAGGUGGCGGGGGGCACCCGGGGGGCCGUGCUCACCCGUCGUGGCAUCACCCUCCGCGUCCUGCUCCGUGAUGGGCUCCUCGAGCCGGCGCGUGGUGUCCUCUCCAUCUACUACCUGGGCAAGAAGUUCGUGGGGGACCUGGGGGCAGAUGGGACCAUCACCUGGCAGGAGACAGGACAGGUCUUCAACUCGCCCAGCGCCUGGGCCACCCACUGCAAGCGCCUGGUGAACCCCGCCAAGAAGUCGGGGUGCGGUUGGGCGUCCGUGCGCUACAAGGGCCAGAAGCUGGACCAGUACAAAGCCGCUUGGCUACGCAAACACCAGCCCAACGCGCCGCCCGCCGAGGAGAGCCUGGCCAGUGAGGGUGAGGAGGAGGAGAUGCCUGAGGAGGAAGAGGAGGAGGUGACGAAGGAAGGUCGGGUGCCUGUGCCGGAGCUGGUGGUCACCAAAAAACCAGAGGAGAGGAGCAAGAAGCAGCAGUGCAAGAGCCUGGUUGAGCCAACGGUGACGGACCCCGGCCCCCCAGGGAAAAGGCUGGAGACUAAAGCCCGGGUGCCCGUCCGCUACUGCACCCUGGGCACCCGCGACUCGGCCAGGAGCCCCCAGACCCUGGUAGAGGUGACGUCCUUUGCUGCCAUCAACAAGUUCCAACCCUUCAACGUGGCCAUUUCCAGCAACGUCCUCCUCCUCCUGGAUUUUCACAGCCAUUUGACGCGGAGCGAAGUGGUGGGCUACCUGGGUGGGCGGUGGGACACCAACACACAGCUGCUGACGGUGCUGAGAGCCUUCCCGUGCCGGACCCGUCUGGGUGAUGCCGAGGCUGCUGGUGCCGUGGAGGAGGAGAUCUGCCAGAGCUUGUUCCUGCGGGGGCUGUCACUGGUGGGCUGGUACCACAGCCACCCCUUCGGCCCCGCGCUGCCCUCGCUGCAUGCGCAGAUGGAUUAUCAGCUCAAGCUGCAGGGGAGUGGGAACGGCUUCCAGCCCUGCCUGGCCCUCAUCUGUGGACCCUACUAUCACGGCAACCCUGGUGUGGAGUCCAAAAUUGCCCCGUUCUGGGUGAUGCCACCACCAGAGGUAAGUGGUUGUCAUCUCCAUGGGGGCAUCCCCAUGGACGUGGAGGUGGCUUACAUCCAGGAUGGGUUCCUCACCAACGAUGUCCUGCAGGAGAUGAUGAUGCUGGUGGAGUUUUACAAGGGAGCCCCUGACCUGGUGAAGUUUCAGGAGCUGUGGAGUCAGGAUCAGACCUACCUGGACAAGCUGAAG